CAAACACAAACUAAAUUGAUGACCAUUCUCUUAUUAUUAUUCACUCAAUCUGGUAAGGAGAGAGGUCGCGGAAUUUUAUGGGCCUUAAAAUGGAAUCAGCCAUUGGGUUACCCAACAUGAAAAUAACAUCGCAAUUAGCCCACAAUUUACUUCCUGGAGCAGCAGGAAAAGAGGGAAGGGAAGGGAAGGGUAGAAUUGUGGUGAGAGUGUUGUGUUGUCAAAAAUUAAGAUCUGAGCGAGAUGGGAAAGGAGAAUAGCAGCGUUCUUCCAGUGCUGCAGUGGUUGAAUCGGGUGGUUUCAGAACCUCACUACCUCCUUCAUUUCCUUACUUUCUUCUCCUAUUUCGUCAUUCGCUGCUCUGCAACGCAUAUCUUAGCGCCUCACCUAAUCCACCAUCUCCUUCAACGCGAAAUUCAAACGUUGUUAGUGUUCGCCGUGUUGGCUCUCAUCAAGGGAGUGAGAGAAGAGACAUGGGAAGCCUUUAUAGCUGAUGCGCUUUUCCUUGCUAAGAUUUGUAUUUUUGUUCUUGCCUUUACAAUGGAUCGCCGCUUAGCCAUUUGGUAUGUUCUCGUAUUUUUAGUGAUGCAUAUGCUAACACAACAACCUCCAUUCCAAGGACUAGGUACUUCUAGCAAGCUAACACCAUUGCAGUUGGAAAGCCUGCUAACAGAGGGGAACACUACAAGAUUGUGGCUGGUGGAAUUCUGUGCAUCGUAUUCAUCUGGUUGCAUUCGCUCAAGUCAGCAGUUUCCUGAGCUGUCAAUUACAUAUUCAAGCAAAAUCUUAUCAUUCGGAAUAGUUGAUCUUGGACUGUUUCCCAAUGCUGCUGAAAAAUUUGGAAUAUCUCUUAGUGGAUGCAUGGGCCAGCUUCCAACAUAUAUCUUAUUUGAUAAUGCAACUGAAGUUGCCCGUUUUCCAGAGUUGGAUUUUGAAACAACAUUCUUUCACCCUACAGUUACAAAGGGACUUCUAUCUCGACAUUUUGAUCUUGAUCGGUCCCUUCUGGAAUAUUUCAAUGUUAAAUAGGUUAUUGCUUCGGAGUUCUGUGCUACUAUAUUUUAUUUAUUCGGCCCUGUAGAAGUAUUGUAAUCAUUUAAAUUUACUUGUUAGUUAUUCUAGGAUAUAAUGGUGCAAGUAAGUCUGAUAUUUAGUCUCCUAAAUCUAAUUUGUUUUUUUGAAA